ACGCGACGUGGUCGAUCCGGGCGACGUGGAAACGCCCGCGCCACCCAUCUCGCACCCCCCCCCCCCCCUACCGCCACCGCCGCCGCAACCUGCAGCCACGAAGCGACUGUUGUUGUGGCUGCUGCUGCUGUCCGCUGUUGUUGCUGCCAAAGCAUCGUUCGGGCGGGUUGGCGAGGACUCGUGCGCGCGUCGAGACGCAGCCGAAAUGAUGCCGCUGCUGCUGCUGCCACUGCUGCCGCUGCUGCUGCAUGUCCCGAGCACGCUGCCUGCGUUCCACGUCGCGUUAGUAACCGCGUCUGCGCCGGGGCUAAUUCGAGUUUUAUAGGCGGCUCUUUGCCCACGAGCAGGCGCCAAGGGGCACUGCUUAACACGCCGUGUAUUUAGAAUAGCACUUAUUGAAACCCAUUAAAGAACGGCAACAGCAGCAGCAGCAGCAAAUCAAUGCAUCAUUGCGACAACGCCGAUAUCGACAUCUGCAAAAAGCUGACGACAGUCAUUCGUACAACUAACAUCAUCAUCAUCGCCGCUGUCUAAUUAUCGUGAUGACAGUAGUAAUCGUAGCAACAAUAUCAAGACAACAAUAGCAACAACAAAAACAUUACCGCGCACAUUUACAAGCUGCUUAUCAAACAUUCGCCCAAACUCUCCGUCCGUGUGCCGGGGCGACUCUGGGUCAGCUUUGCCUCCUGGAUCCGUGUUUCCUGUGGUCGUUGUCGUCAAUUCAGUCUCCAGCGGGUGACCACAUCUUGAACAAAACAACAACAUCCAAAAACAACACAUUCAUACAACACGCCAAAUCAUGUCGGCGACAAUUACCAAGACGAGUUUUUCCGUACGGGACAUCUUGGAUUUACCCGACUCGAAGGAGGAAGACACCGCCACCGAGGACAGCGCCACGGAGGGCGAGUCGGAGUCGUGCAUCGUCGAGCCACGCCGAGAGCCGCGCUGCCCGCCGGCUCCGGGCCCGACACUUGCUCUUGCCAGGCCGUACUUCGAUGCGGGAGAGAACCCCUACACCCGCUGGCUAGCCACCGCCGAGGGACUUCAAUACUCGCUACACGGGCUGAACGCGGCGAGCGCACGGAGUCAUCAGCACCCGUCCGUGAAGACGCACUCGUCCCCGGACCCGCACGACGGAGCGAGCACGGACGCCUCCAACUGCAGCAGCAGCGGCGGCGGAGGAGGAGGAGGCGGAGGAGGAGGAGGUGGAGGAGGAGGAGGCGGCACGAUAGGCGACUUGGGAGCCGGCGGGAGCAGCAGCAGCAAGAAGCGCAAGAGACGAGUGCUGUUCAGCAAGGCGCAGACCUACGAGCUAGAGCGACGCUUCCGACAGCAGCGCUACUUGUCAGCGCCCGAGCGAGAACACCUGGCCAGUCUCAUCCGCUUGACUCCCACGCAGGUGAAGAUCUGGUUCCAGAACCACCGCUACAAGAUGAAGCGCGCUCGAGCCGAGAAGGGUUGCGGCGUGGGUGGCGGGGUGGGUGGCCUUUUGCUGCACCCGGACGGAUCUUCGAGCGGGGCUGGCGGUGGCGGUGGCGCUCUGCAGUCUCCACGCCGGGUCGCGGUGCCCGUGCUGGUGCGCGAUGGGAAGCCGUGCACAGCCGCGGGUCUGGCCGCGUACGCGUGCGCGGCUGCGCAGCCCGCGGUCCACCUGUCCCGCUUCGGCGCGGCGCAGUACGGAGCGGCCGCGUACCCGGCCUACGCAGCCGCGUUCCCUGCGCUCAUACAGACCCAGCAGUGGGCGUGGUGAAGCGUGCGAACUCAUGGUGGUGGUGGUGAUGGUGGUGAUGAUGCCGAUGCUGCUGAACACUCCGCUGCCUGCCACCCCUGAUGGCGGUGAGGAAAACUGUGAUUCGACGAAGAGGAAGGAGGUGGUGGUGGUGAUGGAUGAUGAGGUUGGGGAGGAGGACUGUGAGAAAUGUAUCUAUAUAUCUAUAUAUAAUGAUGAUUAUUAUAAUUAUAAUAAUGAUAGCGAUUACGCAAAAAAUGUCACUGUAAAGCAAAACCAUGGACACGGCUUUGCAACGAAUGGGCCGGCAAACCCCUUGCGAGAGACUGCAACAUUGACACUUGUCUCUAUAGGAUUUGUGAGUGUGCGCGAUGUUUACAGAUUUGUAAAGAACUCUUUCGAUAUGCCAACCAACCAACCAACAAACAAACGAACACACCAGGAUAUAUAUGUAAAAACGGCAAUUAUAAAACUGUGAGAUAGGAAAUGACACACUCGUAAAAAAAAAAAUCAGACAUCGCAGUACCUAUAGGUCGUGCAAAACGUGUUAGCUCCUGUGUGUCGUCUGUGUAACCGUCCGAUUGAAUUCGUAAUUGACAUUGUACAAGAUGCAAAAAUAGUAACGUUUCGCGUUCUUUUUUCAUACACACACACGCGAAAAAACACUUAAGUUAUGAUAUCUUUAAGAGCGUGUUUAUUUCACGAGGCGAUCCUGUGUGUGCAGGUUGGCGAGUUGCGUGUUUUGAAUUCGCGGUUUUGAAACGAGUCCAUCAACCAACCAACAAACGACGAUAACAACAAUAAGACAUUUGCGAGACAAGCUAACAUUUGUUCGAGGACCUGAAGAAUAUUGUUUCUCCUUUAUUUUUUACACACACAAAAAAACUAAGCAAGGGUUCAAUAAACACUUUACAUAAUAAACUGAAAGAGAGAGAGAACGAGAAUGCGCUUCAUGAAUUCACCCGCGGAGUCUCAGAUCACGCGUAGGGCACCUCUCUCUCUCGCCACGCCGAUAAUUGCUCCACACACUGGUUCUCGUCACGAUAUCAUAAACA